CUAAGCGGAGGCAAGCGGCAGCAGCACAAGCUACUCAGUACCGGCGGCCGCCGCGGACCAACAUUGUUCCGUACCCGGGCUGAAUAACCGUGUUUUGGACCCUUUAACUGGGAGUAGAGACGUUAACUCGGAUGCCUCUAUGAUCCAGCUAACCUCCCGGCGACACACACAGCGUUCAGUUUGCACAAGAGGUGAGCCAUGGCUGAACCGAACGCCUCCCGUCCCCAGAGGAAGAUGUCCACAGCGGGGGAGAGUGUGUACAAGGUGCUAGGCCUGGAGAAAGGAGCGACUGCUGAGGACAUUAAGAAAGCCUACAGAAAACUUGCGUUGAAGUAUCACCCGGACAAGAACCCAGACAACCCAGAGGCGGCGGAGAAGUUUAAGGAGAUUAACAACGCUAACUCUAUCUUAAACGAUGAGACCAAGAGGAAGAUUUACGAUGAGUACGGCUCCAUGGGCCUGUACGUGUCCGAGCAGUUUGGAGAGGAGAGCGUCAAAUACUACUUCCUUAUGUCCAAGUGGUGGUUCAAGGGUCUGGUCCUGUGCUGUACGCUGUUCACCUGCUGCUGCUGUUGCUGCUGCUGCUGUUUCUGCUGCGGCAAGUGCAAACCGCCUGACGAUGACGAGAGCUACCAGUACGUGGACCCCGAGGACCUGGAGGCUCAGAUCAAGGCAGAGCAGGACGGAGGUAACACAGUAAUCAUAGGCCAGCCCACAUCUAACGUGGGUCCACAAAGUCCCGACGCCCAGAGUCCGCCCAUUCCCCUGCCGAUGCCCAUGCCUCCGCCUCCACAGGGGGGGCCGCAGUCGCCGACCAGUCCAGCGGGGGAAGAAAACCCCGGAGAGACUUUACCAGAGUCGAAAUGACUCGAAAAUGAUGAUGUGGAGGAGCCUCAGCGAGCAGAAGCUGACAGCCUUUUGAGCCUCUUUUAUGACCCUGCCACAUCCAACUGCAGCCAGAGAUCCCGAAAAACCCAGAGAUCCACCAGCGGCCAGUCGGGCCUUAGCCUGAGUCCUCGCCCCUCUUUACCGGCUCCAUCUCAUCUCCCCCUCCCCUCACUGGACAUCACCUGCGAGGUGGACGCUCUCAGCCCCCCCCCCCCAUGGAACUUAAAAAAUGGAGGGGUGUUCGUGUAAAUUAAACCACAAAGCUGUGAGAGCCUCAUUGAAAUCUUCACACACCCUCGCUGCUCGCUCCAAGUCGCAAGGACGUGACUCUGGAGUCAGUGCAGGUUUCCAGGACUCGCUUUGGAGGCGCUUUAUAAUUAUAAUAACAAUAAUAAUAAUAAUAAUCCCAUUUCAACCAGUAAGGAUAUGACUGACACUGGGGCACCGUGAUUACAAAUAACGUGAUUUAUCCAUAAUCCAGAACUGGAAUUCUCUUUCUUACCUGUCCCAUUUUUGUUUUUACAUUUCUUCCAUUUUAACUUAUUUUUUUGGUGUUAAACUUACUCUGAAAGAUUCACAAGCAAAACGUCAGCAGGCGACAGCAGCAGAACAGCAACCGCACGCCGAGGCUUUUCUUCUUCUUUUAAAGGAGUGACUAAAUGGCGCUCGCUCUCCAUCGUUAUGGAAAAAUUAAAAAAUCUUCGGUCGAUACAAGCGGAGCCGAUCUCUGAACCGAGUCACUUCUACAUUUCAUACGACGACACACUCUGAAGGUGAGAAGAGACGCGGCCUGGCGUUUACGGAUAAUGUCUGAGCCGGACUCUGGAGACUCUGGAGAUUCCCAGUGUCGAUCAGGAGGCGGAGACUUGACUCUCGUCCGAGUGCAUGUGCUUUUUUUUUUGUCUGAAUGCAUGCCCAAUCCCGACUGUACGGCACUGGAAUACGCAGCCACAACACAUGGAAGAACCUGCUCUGAGUUGAACCCGUAACUCAGUGAACCAGCUAACAUGUCGUCAUGUGCCACCCCCCAUCCCCCUGACUAGAAAGAUACUGUAAUCUGUGUUUAAGAUGCCAUACAGUGGAACACUGACAUAAUUUAGAGAUGUUCCGAUACCAUUUUUUUUUACCAGAGAUGAGCCAAACCAAGUGCGAUAUAUCUCCAUAAUCACUGGAAAAUUUAAAUAUCUUAAAUCCAACGUCAUCAAAAACCUCAAAUAUCACCCAGUUAACUAAGUAAAUAAAAGGCAGCAACAACAUUUUAACAUCACAUUAAUGUUGUGUUCACUGGUAAUGUCUCCUGUAUGGAAGCAACAUAUUCUGGAUUCUGCAUAUUUUUAAAUGUAUUUUUUUAGCCAAUACAAAAAAACCCCCAGAAGAUUUGCUUUUUUUAAAUGAUUACGUAAUCAAUUGCUAUUGAUGACACUAGUGCCACCUAUUGAAACGGAAGUCAACAAUACAAUGUGCGGGACCUUCCAGUGUGAAAUAUUGCCAAAUCGCAAAUGUUUUAGCUAGCUCUUGCUAACGCUACUUUACCAGAAAUCACCACCUAUGGAAUUCUAAAAAUUGUACUUUUCCAGUGGCAGUGGCUCAUUCCACGCUACCAGAAAUCACCUCUUCUGUGGAAUUCUAUAACCUCCCCAUUUUCCUUGGGCAGUGUAGCUCAACAGCUACCAGAAAGUACUGGUUUUUUUUAGGCUCAUGUGAAGAACUACCCAAUUGUGAAUGUUUUAGCUAGCUCUGGCUAAUUCUACUCUUGCAGAAAUCACCUCGUCUUCACAAUUCUAAAACACGUUCUUUCCAGUUGUAGUGUACCCCAACUGCCACUGGAAAGUUGUGGGUGUUUUUUUUUAAGGAUCGCUUAUAGCAUUAUCCAGAGCUAGCUAAAAUAUUGCCCAAUGGUGAAUAAUAUUUAGCUUGCCCUGGCUAAUGCUAUGUUCUUUGAAAUCACUUUUUUUUUUUAAGAAUCUCAAAGAUGAAGUUAACUUUUGACACAUAACAUUAGCCACAGUUUUUGCUAGCUCUGGCUAAUGCUACACCACAAGAAGUCACUUUCAAAUCAUUUAAAGAGCAGUCCUUUUAAUGGCAGAACACUAUGUAGCAUUAGCAUCACCUCUGUAAAGUUGGAUUCUCUCACAGAGCCAUUUCUUUUCUGCUAAAAUUGUUAUCUGAACAUCUCUAUUAAAGGUUUGUUUUUAUUUGUCAGAUAUAAAUAGUUUUGCUGCUUUUUUUGUUAUUGCAGAUUUACGUUGUAGACCAAAGCUAACAGCUCCAUGUAGCUAAACCAGGUCACUCUCUCUCUCUAAAAUAAGCCUGUUCUGUUCUUUCAAAGUCGUCUCUUUAAGACGUGUUUUAGUUUCUUUUUACUCAGGUCGUACGAUUUAUCUUAAUUUACUGAACCUCGUCUGCUUCCAGAACCACAGAAAGCACAUCGACUUUUAUCCACGACCUCAGGUCCAGAUUCACUUAAGUCUUAUAACCGAGGCGUAAUCUGCUAAUUUAACUAAAUGAAGUUUUUUUUAAAUUAAAUUAAAUUAAAUUAAAUUAAAUUAAAUUAAAUUAAAUUAAAUUAAAUUAAAUUGAAUUCUUUUGGCCCCUUGAAGAGAACAUGAAGUGAGCACUCAACCGUCUUUAUUGCUCAUUUGAGGCACUCACAUUUUAUCUGGAGAGGACUAAUCCAUUCAGUCUUUGUCUCUCGUGUGCAUGUGAGCACGACUUCAUUUAAAAAGAUAAACGUGUUAUGUAACGCACACCCAACCUCCGCUGUUACAGAGAGGUCUUGAUCAUUAGCGCCAUCCGUUCUUGUUUAAACAUGUUUAAAAUGAUGACUGUGUGAGAAACAAAGAUGUUUUCUUCAGUCUGUAGAACAUGACGCCCUACGUGAAACAUGGAGUGGAUCUGGAUCCCUGAACAUUUAUACAUAUGCGUCUCAAUCAAACACACAUUUCCUUUUUUAUGAGAUGUAUUCACUGACUUUUUAUUUUCUUCUGUACUGGUUACUUAAUACCGCUUUUCCAUUAUGCAGUUAGCACGACUCAUUAUUUUGCUUUUUCAUCAGUGAUAGAACGUGGUGCUUGGUUCCUUUUUUUAGUACCUGCUCUGAUGAGGUUCCAAGCGAGCUGAGCCGUCCGACGCAAGAAUGAAAGCGGGCAAUGCCAAACUGGAGAUUACAGUUAAAAAAAAUUCCCUAAAAACACACGUUGAUCUCCAACAUUUAGCAAAAGGAAAUGUCUGAAAUCUCAGUAUUGGUAAUGGAAAACGAGCUAGAGCUAUAACUGUGAAAUGGAAAAGUGUCAUUAGCGUUUCAGUGUUGACGUCUCGUCGACUCAAUCGUCUGCAUUAUAUUGUUACUCUUCAAAAUUUAGUUUUUCCAACCUUUAAUCCAAACAAUAUAAACAUUUCAUUCAAAAGCUGGAACCACCCUUUUAUUUGUAUAUGUGUGUGUAUAUAUCUGUGUAUAUAUGUAUGUAUGUAUGUAUAUGUGUAUAUAUAUAUGUAUGUGUGUGUGUAUAUAUAUAUGUGUAUAUAUAUAUAUAUAUAUAUAUACAUAUACUUUUUGAUUAAAUUGACUGAAAAUGUGAGUUAAUCAUUCAAAAUUUUCUUUUGACUCAUUCAGCAUCAUUGUAAUUUCACUCCCACACACUAGAGGGCUCCUGUUGGCUCCCACUGGGAUUAAAGUUAGUUCAUUUGUCGUCUGCCCUUAAAAAAUAACAACUUUUCCCUUUAAAUUAGGCUUGUUUAAACAUAAAGAUCCUGUCCAAGAUAAAAUUUUAUCAAACAUUUUUUAAUUUGGAAGUUUAUUAUUUUUAAAAAGUGUAAAUAAUUCAUUGUUCACAUCUGUUCAAGCUGUUUCAUUUCUUACUUUUUUAUUUAAAUCGCACAGAAAUAAUUCAGUUUUGGUCAAAGUGUGGGUUAGGGUUGGACGAAUGAAUGGAGGAAGAUCAUUUAUAUCAUUGUAGAAGAGGUUUAUUUUUUAAGAUGUUUUUCUGUUUUGUUUGUUUGUUUAUUUUGGGGGCGUGUCACUCACGUUGAAGUUUCCUGUGGACGAUCUGUAAAUGAGUCGAUGAAAUGAAAAAUCAAGUAAAUAAAAAUGGGGAUUUUAUAA